AUGAUUGAUUGCUGCAUUGGCGUGGCGCAUCAGGCCCCAGCCCAAGGAGCAGCGGACCCGGCCCAGCGGACCCGGCCCAGCGGAGCAGCGGACCCGGCCCAGCGGAUCCACCUCAGUGGAGCACUGUAUAUAACGCCAGACAAGCUGAGUACUUACAGGGACGUGAAAGAGCUGCCCCAGACUCUGUGUGUGUGCGUGCGCGUGAGACCGGCGCCUGAUUGCUCGCUCUCUCAGCAGCUACCCUGGUGUGGCGCACCAAGCCCCGGUGGAGCAGCAGACCCGGCCCAGCAGAGCGGACCAGUGCGCCAGGCCCAGCCCGAGCCCCAGCAGAGCGGAGCAGCGCGCGCCAGGCCCAGCCCGAGCCCCAGCAGAGCGGAGCAGCGCGCGCCAGGCCCAGCCCGAGCCCCAGCAGAGCGGAGCAGCGCGCGCCAGGCCCAGCCCGAGCCCCAGCAGAGCGGAGCAGCGCGCGCCAGGCCCAGCAGAGAGCGGCCCCAGCAGAGAGCGGCCCCAGCAGAGAGCUCCUCCUUAACCUUUUAUUUUGACCAGACCUUAAGACCCUUAGUCUUAUUUUAA